AUCACCGGCAGGUCAAAGGCUUUUUUUUAUCAUAGUCUCCGUCAGGAUGUCAUCAUCUGAAAAUGCUGCGUCACAUGAAGCCUGUGAAGCAUCACCCCCUGCAGCAGAGGCAGAACCAGAACCCCUGAGGAUUGUUCUGUUGGGGAGGACAGGAACAGGCAGAAGCUCCUCGGGCAACACCAUCCUGGGCAGGUCUGCGUUCUGGGUCGACACCUCUCCCUGUUCUGUCACCGCCCAGUGCAAGAGGCAGACCGGGACAGUAAAUGAGCGAAGCAUCUCUGUGAUCGACACUCCGGGGUUCUUCCACACAGGGCUUCCCCCGCAGGAAGUCAUGGCAGAAGUGGGGCGGUGCGUCGUCCUGUCCUCUCCGGGACCCCACGCCUUCGUGGUGACCCUGCGGCCCGGCAGGUUCACACCGGAGGAGAGAGACGGCUUGGAGUGGAUCAAAGCUACAUUUGGGCCUGGAGCCACCAGGUUCGUCGUGGUGCUGUUCACCUGGGGGGACCAGCUGCAGGGCAAACGCAUCAAGGACUUCCUGGAGGAGAGCCAGGAGCUGCUGGAGUUUGUCAGCAGCUGCCACGGCGGGUAUCACGUCUUCGAUAACAGCGAACAGGUCAAGACCACGGAGAGCACACAACAGGUGGCACAGCUACUGAACAAGGUAGACAAGAUUGUGGCAGACAACGGAGGUGGUUGCUAUAGCAACGAGAUGUUUAAGGAGGCUGAGAGGGCCAUCAGGGAGGCACAAGAGAGGAUUCUGGGAGAAACAGGACCAAGGGUGGAGUCCCCUCAGAAGAAGGCCGAAGACAGAGAGGAGCAGGGACCAGAGUUGGAAAGGCGGAGGAGGAGGGAAGAGGAGCAGAGGAAGAGGGAGGAGGAGGAGGCCAGGAAGAGGGCGGAGAGGCUCUUCUGGUGCGAGCUGCUGACUGCGCUGGGGAAAGGCGCUGCAGAGGGAGCAGGGAUCAUGGAGAAGGACAAAGGGAAAGGGAAAGCUGUGAAGAAGGUGAAGGUGGUGGAGAAGGCGGCGGCUCUGGCAGCAACGCCGCUCUCCAUCACUUCUGCUGCCAAAGCGGUGGGAGGGGCUGUGAGAGAGGGAGGUAAGGUGUUAUACAAACACCGAAAAACCUUCCUGCACUGAUGGGAAACGUGCACUUCAGGAUACAAGGACAGAGAAGUGACUGUGUGAAACUUCACUUUUUACACUGUGUCUUGGUUUAACAUUGACUUUAUGCACCAGCACUUUCAGACCAUAAUGUUAAAUAAGAAUGCAUGCAUAUUUGUGUGUG